UAAAAAAAGAAAGAAAAGUGGAGUGGGAAGCAUUAAGAAAAGAGAGAAAGAGAAGAUACAACUACUGGAACAGUGACAGCACAUAAUCACACGAAUCUGAAGAAACGUCUUCUCAAUCAAUUUACAAUCAGUUAAUCAAAAAUGGAUAUAUCAGAGCUGUGGGCAAUAUUUGGACCUGGUGUUGCCGGAGCAGUGUUCGGUGCCGGUUGGUGGUUCUGGGUUGACGCCGUUGUUUGUAGCUCCGUCAAGAUCUCUUUCCUUCAUUAUCUCCCUGGUAUAUUUGCAUCUUUGGCUGCUUUGAUGUUUAAUUGCGUCAGGAAAGAGGACAUUGACUACUCCCCUUAUGAUGAAGGCGAGUGGAGGUUGAAGCUUUGGCUAUUUAUUGCAUAUGUUGUAUCAUUUGUGUCUUUGGCAGCAUCAGUUGGCCUAUUGAUACAAGAUGCACUAGGAAAAUCUGGUCCUUCAGCUUGGGCAGGAGUCGCAGGUGUUCUGCAAUGUGUGUUUGUCUUAAUCAGCGGGCUGAUCUAUUGGACAUCACAUUCAGAAUCUUGAGAGGGUAGAAAAAUGUACCAUGCGGAAGAGCACAUAAGUCACUUGAUGGGGUCUUACUCGAUCCAUUUGGUCGAGGAAGAGUUGCAAUUACUUGUAUAAAUGUGUGUUAGUUGUGCAGUGAGGCUAAGCACCAAAUAUUGGACGCUCGUCGCUUCUUUCUACAUAUGAUUAUUACUAACUUGAAGUUUCAUUGGAAAGCUUAAGGAAAUAUGUCUUGAAAUGAUUU